AUGGCCUCCGAAGCCCCCAAGGAUAUUCCUGUGCGGCCUGCCGCCGACGCGCAGGCCUCUGAAGCCGCUGCCCCGCCAAAUGCUGCGAAAAAGCAUGCCCCGAGCCCCGAUGUUCUCCCAGAAUUCAUGAUUGAGCGAAACAAGCUCUUCGAGGAACUCUGGCAACAAUAUCUUGAAGAGACCAAGAACCGCCCUCACCCCGAAAUCACCGUUUCCCUUGACAUUGGCGACGGCAACCUCUCUUCGGUCCCUGCCAAAGCCUUCGAGACCACUCCUGGUUCUUUCCUGCGCGAUGUUCCCAAGGAUAUCGCUGCCAAUGUUGUCAUAGCCAAAAUUGACGAUAAGGAGUUGUGGGACCUGAAUCGUCCUCUGGAGAAGGACUGCAAGGUUCUUCUUGUUCCUUUCAGCAACCCCGAGGCCCGUGAGGUCUUCUGGCACUCCAGUGCUCACUGUCUGGGUGAGGCAUGUGAAUGUGAAUAUGGCUGUCUUCUUUCCCAUGGUCCCCCUACCCCCCAGGGUUUCUUCUACGAUAUGGCCAUGCCCGAUGGACGGGUUGUUCGCGAGAGUGAUUGGAAAGCGCUCGACAACAAGGCCUCGCGCAUCUUCAAGGAGAAGCAAAGCUUCGACCGAUUGGAGGUUUCCAAGGAGAACCUCAAGAAGAUGUUCGCAUACAGCAAAUACAAGUUGCACUACAUUGAUAAGCUCGUCACUGGUGAGAGCAGCACCGUCUACCGUUGCGGAACCCUUGUCGAUCUCUGCCGAGGCCCUCACAUUCAAAACACUGGCAAGAUCAAGACCUUCAAGAUCAUGCAGAACUCAUCUGCCUACUUCCUUGGUGACCAGAGCAACGAUUCCCUGCAGCGUAUCCGUGGUGUUGCUUUCCCCGAUAAGAAGGCAAUGGCCGAGCACCUGAAGUUCUUGGAAGAGGCUGAGCGCCGUAACCACUUGCGAAUUGGAAAAGAGCAAGAGUUGUUCUUCUUCGAUGAAGCGUCUCCCGGAUGUCCUUUCCUCCUCCCCAACGGAACCAAGAUUCUCAACCAAAUUCAGUCCCUCCUGCGUACUGAGUACCGCAAGCGCGGCUACCAGGAAGUCCAGACCCCCAACAUGUUCGAUGUUUCCAUCUGGAAGACCUCUGGUCACUGGGCUCACUAUAAGGAUGACAUGUUCAAGUUGGACGUGGAGAAACGCGAGUGGGCUCUUAAGCCUAUGAACUGCCCUGGUCACUUUCUUCUCUUCGGCCACCGUGAACGUAGUUACCGUGAGCUGCCUAUGCGUCUUGCAGACUUUGGAGUGCUUCAUCGUAACGAGAGCAGCGGGGCUUUAUCAGGCUUGACGCGUGUACGCCGCUUUUGCCAAGAUGAUGCGCACAUCCUGGUUGAGCCGCACCAGAUUAUGUCUGAAGUUGAGGGUCUGUUCGAUUUCUUGCAGUCCAUCUAUGGGCUGUUUGGCUUCACCUUCAAGUUGAAGCUGUCCACCCGCCCCGAGAAGUAUAUGGGCUCGUUGGAGACCUGGAACCAAGCCGAGGAGCAGCUCAAGAAGGCCUUGACCAAAUUCAAGGGUAAUGAUUGGGUCAUUGACGAGGGUGAUGCUCCGCUGAACUUCAAACUGGAGUAUCAGACCAACGAAAAGCGGGAGAAGAACACCGAGGAGGACGCGAAGGAAGGCGAGACCAAGUCCGACGGGCUGCCCUUCGGCCGUGCCCGUCCUGUUGUCAUUCACCGUGCUAUUAUUGGUAGCUUCGAGCGAUUCCUUGGUAUCUUGACCGAGCACUUUGGCGGCAAGUGGCCGUUCUGGAUCAGUCCGCGCCAGAUCCUCAUUGUGCCAGUGAUGCCGGCUCUGAACGACUACGCCGAGGAGCUGCAGCGUAUCCUGCAAGGUGACAAGCUGAAUGUGGACGUGGACAUCAGUGGCAACACCCUGCAGAAGAAGAUUCGUACUGGCCAAUUGGCCCAGUACAACUUCAUCUUUGUUGUGGGAGCGCAGGAGCGUGAAUCUGGCACUGUUAAUAUUCGUAACAGAGACGAUCCCGCAAGCCAAAGCAAGGGCGUCAUGGUCCCUCUGGAGGAGGCACGAGUCAAGCUCCGGGCAUUGCGCAAGGAGCGUCGGUUGGAGAACACUCUGUAG